CUCUUCUCUCUCUGUCUGUCUGUCUGUCUUUCUGUCUGUGGAUGGCGAGCUCCUCCUCCUCCUCCUCUUCCUCCUCGGCCACAGCCUCACCGGAGUUCGAGUUCUGGAAUCCAUCCAUCCCAGAUCCCCACAUCCUCUCCGCCGACCAACUCUUCUCCAAUGGCGUUCUCCUCCCUCUCCAUCCACCUCCUCAUCCUCCUUCUCCCCAUCCAUCUCUCCUCUCCUCCAACUCCUCCAACUCCUCCUCUUCCUCUUCCUCUUCCUCUUCCUCUUCCUCUUCCUCCUCCAAACGCUGGCUUCAUAUCUUCAACAAACCUUCUUCCGACAAACAAAAGCCCAAAAAGGACAUUCCCAGAUCCAACUCUGGCGGCUCCACCACCGCCACUGCCACCGCCACCGCCGAACUCAACAUCAAUCUCUGGCCAUUCUCACGUAGCCGCUCCGCCGGCUCCACCACCACCACCACCACCACGGCCAAGCAAAAAACCCCACGCAAGUCCACCAGCGCCCCUUGCUCUCGUAGCAACUCCCGCGGCGAGUCCUCCGCCGGCCGGAGAUGGUCAGCCCCUAGCCCUGGCCGUCCCGGUGUUCAUGUCGGCCGUUCUAGCCCUGUUUGGCAACCCAGGAGACAUCCCGGUAAGGUUACCGCCUCCGCCAGUGGUGGUAGUGGGAUUAGAGGGAUUAAUCUUAAUGUUAAUACUUGUAUUGGGUGUAGAACUCUUGGUAAUGGCACCGUCGGUGACCGUAUCCGUAAGGAUGGUAAUGCUAGCUUGUUUAACUUUAGGGCCUUCUUUUCUAAGAAAGUGUACUGAGUUUCUCUC